AUGGCAUCGCAUGAGUUUGAUGGAAGCUUCUUACAAUCAUUGUCGAUAGAUGAUAGUAAUUAUGUAACGUCUCAAACUAGAUAUGAAGAAACUUACGAUAACGAUGAUGAUUACAUGGAAAUAGACAAUACGCUUGAUUUAGGUCCGCCACCAUCGAAUUAUGACACACCACCACCUGAGCAUGGAAAUGUAGAUCGGUUGACACCUACUACGAGAUUACAGGAAUAUAUUGCGUCGCCGUUCCAAUCAACCCCCAUAAGUAAGGACGAAGGUGCAAAUUUAGGUGGCAUGAAAAGCUUUUUCAUGAAGAAGGAGGACGAAGAUAACAGCAGCGUGGUGAACGAUAGAGAAAUGACCGAGACGAAGAAUUCAGGAAGUGAUAAUGAUAAUAACGACAGUGAAGUUCAAGAAAGAGAGAAUGGACAAGAAAUAGAUCAGGAUUAUUCCAGAAAUGCCAGCGUAGUAUCUUCUAUUUCUCAUUCGAUAUUAUCACCGACAACUCUAGGUGCCAAAUUGGCGAUCAUGCCGAGACAAAAAUUACUACUCCCAUCCAAUAUGGAUAAUCAUGAGUCUAUUGAUUAUGAAAUCGAUACAAAUUCCAAUAAUGAAAGCUAUAGCACCAAUUACGACACAUUUGGCAAUUACAGAAGUACGCCAGAAUUAAAGCAUAGAACCGGACAAAGGAAUAUGAGCUCUUUUAGCUCAAGUGAUGCUAAUGCAUUUUUUGCCAAUAAGUCAAACAGGAACAACGAUAUCGAAGAAUACACCUACAACCCAAUAAACGGGGAUUAUGAUUCAAAUGAUUCGAGAAGUACUAUCAACAAUUCCAUGAACCAAUCGUAUAUGUAUAGGAAGAAUAUGAAUAAAUUUCCAGUUAAUAACAUAUUCAGUCCAACCAGCAACUCGUGGACAACACCGCUACAGGUUCAUCAUCAUCACUAUUAUACUACCCCUAUUAAUCAAUCAGCGACUCAGUUGGCAAAUCCAAGCCAAACCGAAAUACUGAGCCAAAUACAACUGCAAACAGGGCAGUUGCAGCACCGAGAUCCAGGCCUGAUACAAGUCCUAGAUCCGAAUCAAUCCUACAAUUUCCAUCCGCAGAACAGAGAUAUUAGUCUACCUUUGCCGUGGGAAGCAAACUCUAGCCCGCUGGAAAAAGCUUCGUACAUAUUAUCUUCUUAUUUGCAGCUAAUUAUAAAUUUUGUUGCUACAUGCUAUGCAGCGUAUUUGGUUUACUCCAUCAUUCAAACUGUUCGACAAGACAUUAAGCAUAAGCUUUCUCAACAAAUUUCAAAUGUGCUAGUGGAGAUCGAAUCUUGCAAACGCUCAUAUAAUGAUAAUAACUGCUCUCCGGACCUGAUUGUCCCUAUAUUAGAGAAGCCAUGUGCCUACUGGUUAAAAUGCAUGAAUCAAGACCCAUAUAAUGGAGGCGGAAAUAAGUCCCUGAUCAGUGCGGAAACUGUGGGGAUGAUUAUAAACUCCUUGAUAGAACCGUUAAGUUUCAAGUUCUUUCUUGUGAUGUUCGGUUUUGUAUUGCUAAUAUUCGCUUGCAAUUUUACCUUUGGGUUUAUAAGGGCAAAGAGUUACUAUGGAUGGAACAAGGAAAGAAAUGGUGCUCAACCUGCUAUUGAGAAAUAG